GGAAGGAGAAAAAAAAAAAACGUCGAGGCCAUCGGUCGACGGUCGGCAUACUCUCCUUCUCCGUCACCAUUUUCUGCUCCGCCUUUUCCGGUAACCCUAAUCCUUUCGCGAUGCUUGGCCUUUGCUUUAUCCAUUUCUUCAUCAUUCUUUCCGCAGUGGAUCCUCGCGAAUAUUUUAUCUGAUAUCUCCAUUGCCAUUGUCGGGAACUCGUCGUCUCUAGCUUUCCGAUCGUCUCGAUUGCGUAUGUGUCUCAGGGAUUGCACGUGGCCGUGUCAACUGAAUUGCGGAUGCUAAAUGCUUCUUGUUGUUUCCAAUUCGGGCGUUAUUAAUUUCCCGGUAGAGUUGGUCGGUUGUGUCCGGUAGGGUAUGGCUCAGCAGUCUUCCCGGCUCAAUCGGUUGCUUACCCUAUUAGACACUGGUUCGAGUCAAGCAACGAGAUUCACUGCCGCGAAGCAGAUUGGGGAUAUAGCAAAAUCCCAUCCUCAGGAGUUGAGCUCUCUUCUGAAGAAGGUUUCUCCAUUUUUGCGGAGUAAAAACUGGGAUACAAGAGUUGCUGCUGCUCAUGCAAUUGGCGCUAUUGUGGAAAAUGUUAAACAUACAUCUCUGCCCGAGGUUUUUGAUUGCGUUCAGAAGAAGCUGUAUGAUGAUGGGAGUUCAGGUGUUGCUGAAGAUUUAGUGACAAGACCUAAUUUCCAGUCUCAGAUUAUAUCCUAUGGCUCUUUCAGAAGUUUUGAAGUCAAUAAGGUGCUGGAGUUUGGUGCUUUGUUGGCGUCCGGGGGACAGGAGUAUGACAUUGCUACUGAUAAUUCCAAGAACCCAAAGGACCGUUUGGCUCGUUUGGAUGUUUGUGAACAGUUUAUGGAUGUCAAUGACAUGAUUAAAGAUGAAGAUCUCGUCCUCCAUAGAAUACCCUCUCAAGGGAACGGAUUGGAACAUAGCGUUUACAUGCCUCCAGCUGUGCAUAAUAUACAGAAGCUUGUCAGAACUAUGGUUCCUAGUGUGGUAUCAAGGAGGCCAAGUGCGAGAGAGCUGAAUCUCCUGAAAAGGAAAGCAAAGAUAAAUUCGAAAGACCAGGCCAAAGGUUGGUCUGAAGAUGCUAAUUCAGAUGCCUCCUUAUCCAUAAGUACUACUCCUAAAGGCUCAAACACAGAUCCUUUGGUUGCUCUUAGCAAGAUAGAUUCUGACGAAGAUGGAUUUGAGCGUGAUAGGGAUGGGAGGUGGCCUUUUCAUGGCUUUGUUGAACAACUAAUCCUUGACAUGUUUGACCCUGUUUGGGAGGUUCGCCAUGGUUCUGUCAUGGCCUUGAGAGAGAUGUUAUCACAUCAUGGUGGUUCAGCCGGAGUGCUUAUGCCUGCAUUGAGUGUUGAUUGUCACUUUGAUGAGUUGAAGGACAUUGAUUACCCGAUUGCAGUAAAAAGAGAGAGAGAAAUUGAUUUGAAUAUGCAAGUUCCAGCAGAUGAUACACAACCGCUUAGUAAAAAGCCAAAGGCUGAGAACGUGUCAUCUCUAUCAAUGGAUACUUUGAUCUCUUCUGGGUAUCAUGGUGACUUUGACAUCAGUGUGAAGGUGGAAGAUAAUGCACGGGAUUUGUCUGAAGGGCAGGUUAGUGGUGAAGUUCAUGUUGAUCCUCUAACAGUGAAGGUCGAACCCUAUCCUUAUUGCCCUACUUCGUCUGGAGAAGUUGUUACUAUGGUGGACACAAAGGAUGAUCCAGAAAAUGAGCAUUGUGUUGCCAAGUCAGAAAUACUGGACAACAUUUCAGGAAGCAAUGAGCUUAUGAAUUUAGUUAAAUUGGCUCGGUAUUCUUGGGUGAAAAAUAGUGAGUUCCUUCAGGAUUGUGCAAUUCGGUUCUUAUGCGUUCUGUCCCUAGACCGAUUCGGAGAUUAUGUAUCUGAUCAGGUUGUUGCUCCUGUACGUGAAACUUGUGCCCAAGCUUUAGGUGCAACCUUCAAGUACAUGGACCGCUCUUUAGUACAUGAAACUUUGUAUAUCUUGCUCCAGAUGCAGCGUAGACCAGAAUGGGAAAUUCGUCAUGGAAGUCUUUUGGGUAUCAAAUAUUUAGUUGCAGUUAGACAGGAUCUGCUGCCUGAUUUGCUUGGCCACAUUCUACCUGCGUGUAAAGCAGGCUUGGAGGACCCUGACGAUGAUGUACGAGCAGUUGCGGCAGAUGCUUUAAUACCUGCUGCUGGUGCUGUUGUCAAGAGUCAGGCAUUACAUUCCAUAGUUAUGCUGCUCUGGGAUAUAUUACUUGAUUUAGACGAUCUAAGUCCAUCCACCAGCAGUGUGAUGAAUCUUUUGGCCGAAAUCUAUUCCCAGGAAGAGAUGAUACCCAAGAUGAUAUCAAAACCAAAAGAAGAGCUGGAUCUAAAUGAAGUCGUACACAUUGAUGAUAUUGGAGAGAAAAGUUAUUUGGAUGAAAACCCAUACAUGUUAUCCACACUGGCUCCUCGUUUGUGGCCAUUCAUGAGGCAUAGUAUCACAUCAGUCAGAUACUCAGCUAUUCGAACUUUGGAGCAACUGCUUGAAGCUGGUCAUAAACGGAGUGUCUCUGAUCCAUCUGGUUCUUCAUUUUGGCCUUCUUUCAUUUUGGGGGAUACUCUUCGGAUUGUUUUCCAGAAUCUGUUGCUAGAAUCAAAUGAGCGAAUUUUGCAUUGCUCAGAGAGGGUCUGGAGGCUCCUUGUUCAGUGCCCAGUUGAGGACUUGGAAAGUGUUGCAAAUGCUUACAUCUCUUCCUGGAUUGAACUUUCGACCACUCCGUUUGGUUCACCAUUGGAUUCAUCGAAGAUGUUUUGGCCUAUGGCAUUGCCUCGGAAGUCCCAUUUCAAAGCAGCAGCUAAGAUGAGAGCUGCUGGGGUUGAACAUGGGUCUUGUAGAACCCUUGGCUUGGGUUCUGCAAAUGAGCCUAUUCCAGCCCAGGAGAGAAAUGGAGAUGCUUCUGCUAGCAUGAUCAAGAUAAUUGUUGGUGGUGAUGUGGAUAUUUCUGUGACUAACACUCGAGUAAUAACAGCAUCUGCAUUGGGAAUCUUUGCUUCUAAGUUACGUGAAAGCUCUGCACAGUGUGUGAUAGAGCCCCUCUGGGCUGCCCUUUCUUCCUUAUCUGGUGUUCAGCGUCAGGUUGCGGCCUUGGUUCUGAUAUCAUGGUUUAAAGAGAUGCAAGGCAAUGACCUUCCCAAGACCCAGGAAGUCAUGUCAGCUUUUCCCACGAACAUUAAGAACUGGUUGCUAGAUUUGUUAUCCUGUCACGACCCGGCAUUUCCUACGAAGGAUUCUAUAUUUCCUUAUUCUGAGCUAUUACGAACAUAUUCAAAGAUGCGCAAUGAAGUCGGUCAGUUGGUACAUGUUAUGGAAUCAUUUGGCAUGUUACAUGAUGUAGCUUUGGCUGUUCGAGAGCGUGUUGGGAGUUUGAGUCCUGACGAGGCAAUUAAUUUUGCAUCCAAGAUACCACCAGUUGGCACUGGAGAUAUUGGAAAUGAACACUUGCAACAGAACAAUGUAGAUAUUGAAUCAACAAAACAGCGGCUUUUGACAACGUCAGGCUAUUUAAAAUGUGUUCAGGGUAAUCUACACGUUACUGUCUCUGCACUAGUGUCUGCUGCAGUUGUCUGGAUGUCUGAGCUUCCAGAACGACUCACUCCGAUAAUUCUUCCUCUUAUGGCCUCAAUUAAAAGAGAGCAGGAGGAGAUACUGCAGGAGAAGUCUGCUGAUGCACUUGCAGAGCUAAUCUCUCAUUGCAUUUCACGUAAACGUAGCACAAAUGAUAAGUUAAUCAAGAACAUUUGUAGUUUGACAUGCAUGGAUCCUUGUGAGACACCCCAAGCCAGAGUUAUUGGCUGUAUGGAGAUCAUUGAUGAUCAAGACUUCCUCACAUUUGGGAACAGUGGAGGAAAACAGAAGUCAAGGGUCCAUAUGUUCACUGGUGGAGAAGACAGAUCCAAAGUUGAAGGCUUUAUCAGCAGAAGAGGUUCUGAACUUGCAUUGAAAUAUUUGUGCAAGAAGUUUGGUGCUUCAUUAUUUGAUAAGCUUCCCAAAAUAUGGGAUUGUCUCACUGAAGUGUUGAUUCCUGGAGACGCUGGGCAUGAAAGUCAAAUACCUGAGUCUAGUGCAGAUCCUCAAGUCUUGAUCAAUAAUAUACAGGUCGUACGGUCUAUUUCUUCACUGCUGGAUGAUGGGCUGAAAUCUAAGCUACUCACACUGCUCCCUUGCAUUUUUCAAUGCAUUCGUCAUUCUCAUGUUGCAGUUAGAUUAGCUUCCUCUAGGUGCAUCACUGUAAUGGCCAAAUCCAUGACCACUGAUAUCAUGAAUGCUGUCAUUGAGAAUGCUGUUCCAAUGUUGGGGGAUAUGACAUCUGUACAUUCUAGACAAGGCGCAGGAAUGCUUAUCAGUACGCUCGUGCAGGGACUAAAUGUGGAGCUUGUUCCAUAUGCUCCAUUAUUAGUUGUUCCUCUUCUAAGGUGCAUGAGUGAUUGUGAUCAAUCGGUCAGACAAAGUGUGACGCGUAGUUUUGCUGCUCUCGUCCCACUUCUUCCUCUUGCACGAGGUGCUCCACCUCCGAGUGGAUUAGGUGAAGGAUUUCCCCAAAAUGGAGAAGAUGCACAGUUUCUGGAGCAGCUGCUUGACAAUUCCCAUAUAGAGGAUUACAAACUCAGCACUGAAUUGAAAGUAUCUUUAAGGAGGUAUCAACAGGAAGGCAUUAACUGGUUAGCUUUCUUGAAGCGUUUCAAGCUUCACGGUAUCCUAUGUGAUGAUAUGGGGCUAGGGAAAACAUUACAAGCAUCAGCCAUUGUUGCAUCUGAUAUAGCCGAGAGGCGUAGGACUGACAAUGGCAAGGCUAUCCAACCUUCUUUGAUUGUUUGCCCAUCAACGCUUGUGGGCCACUGGGCCUUUGAAAUAGAGAAGUAUAUUGAUGUUUCUCUGGUAAGCACCUUACAGUAUGCUGGUUCUGCUCAAGAACGGAUGUCUCUUAGGGAACUCUUUGAUAAGCACAAUGUUGUUAUAACUUCAUAUGAUGUCAUCCGCAAGGACAUUGAGUACCUUGGGCAGUUUCUUUGGAAUUAUUGUAUUUUAGACGAAGGACAUAUAAUCAAGAAUGCCAAAUCCAAAAUUACAGCCUCGAUAAAGCAACUUAAAGCCCAACACCGCCUAAUACUCAGCGGGACUCCAAUCCAGAACAACAUUAUGGAUCUAUGGUCACUGUUUGACUUUCUGAUGCCUGGCUUUCUUGGAACGGAGAGACAAUUUCAAGCUACAUAUGGGAAACCGUUAUUGGCUGCUAGAGAUGCGAAAUGUUCUGCCAAGGAUGCUGAAGCUGGAGCACUUGCUAUGGAAGCCUUACACAAGCAGGUGAUGCCGUUUCUUCUCCGGCGAACAAAAGAUGAAGUUCUAUCUGACCUGCCUGAGAAAAUUAUUCAAGAUAGAUACUGCGACCUUACCCCAAUCCAACUGCAACUCUAUGAGCAGUUUUCUGGGUCGCAUGCUAAAAAAGAGAUUUCUAGUAUGGUAAAAUUGCACGAGUCAGCAGAUACUGAAGGAACUACUGCCUCACCUAAAGCAUCUGCUCAUGUUUUUCAGGCAAUUCAGUAUUUGUUAAAGCUCUGCAGUCAUCCAUUACUUGUUCUUGGUGAUAAGAUGCCUGAAUCACUCCUAUCCCAGCUAUCUGAGUUCUUUCCUUCAAAUGCUAAUGUGAUUUCUGAACUUCGCAAGCCACAUCACUCUCCAAAAUUAGUUGCUCUCCAAGAGAUCCUUGAAGAGUGUGGCAUUGGUGUAGAUACUUCAAGUUUUGAGAAUGUUGGCACUGUUGGGCAGCACAGGGUUCUGAUAUUCGCUCAGCACAAAGGACUUCUUGAUAUCAUUGAGAGGGAUUUAUUUCAUGCUCAUAUGAAAAGUGUCACAUACUUGCGGCUGGAUGGAUCCGUGGAGCCAGAAAAGCGAUUUGAUAUUGUAAAAGCAUUUAAUUCCGAUCCGACCAUUGAUGUCUUAUUGCUCACCACUCAUGUUGGCGGGCUUGGGCUAAAUCUCACGUCUGCUGACACACUCGUCUUUAUGGAACACGACUGGAAUCCAAUGCGAGACCAUCAGGCAAUGGACAGGGCGCAUAGAUUAGGCCAAAAGAAAGUAGUGAAUGUUCAUAGGCUCAUCAUGCGAGGCACCUUGGAAGAGAAAGUCAUGAGUCUCCAAAGGUUCAAGGUUUCAGUUGCCAAUGCAGUCAUUAACUCCGAGAAUGCUAGUAUGAAAACAAUGAACACCGACCAAUUGCUUGAUCUAUUUGCAUCCGCUGAAACCACUUCAAAGGGAACAACUGCCUCAAAGCAUGGAGAUGGUAAGUUUGAUGGAGACCCGAAGCUGAUGGGCACAGGGAAGGGAAUGAAAGCCAUUCUGGGUGGUCUGGAGGAGCUAUGGGAUCAAUCCCAGUACACCGAGGAGUACAACCUGUCUCAAUUCCUGGCAAAGCUCAAUGGCUGAGAAACGAGAAGCCUCUCAAACUCGACUCAACUCAACUCAACUCAACGUGUCUUCUGUACAGUGUAUAUUUUCCCUCCCUGGUUUAGCUAGGAAGCAAAAUUUUGACGUUCUAACUGCUUUUUAGCCCAUUGCCAAAUUUCCUCAUGAAUUUUGGCCGAAAUUAUUUUUGUUGCCAACUCUUAUACGAGCAAGCAGUCAAUGUGGGUAAAGAAAAAAAAGAGAAGGGGGAGAAAAGAGAAGAGGUCCUGGUUUUAUCCGAACAAAAGGCACUAUAAAGUUUCCAGCGAGAAUAGAGUCGCUGAGUAUUUUGUCAUUCAGUCAGGUCAGGUUCCUUCCUCUCACAUAUUGUUCUGUGGUAGUCGAAGAAUCCGCAGCCACAAGCGAAGUCACCCUUGUUUUUGUCUGAGAUCCCGUGUGCUUUAUUUUCCUGGGACUCGUUGGCAACAAGUUAUUGAGGAAUAUUUUGGACCUGGAGUGGAAAGUAUUCAACAGGAGUUGAAUUUGACAUGCAGUUUCUUUGUUGUCAUAGUCAGCCUUUUCUAUUCAUCCUCUAUUCCUCCGAGGAUAUGUUAACAUUUACAUCCACUAUGUUGUUGGAAGACUCAUCAUCAAGGGCGCUGAUUGUACACUUUUGCUGGAUCUAUCCAGCAAUCAAUUAUCAUGUGAAAUUUCCAAACAGUUUGGGUAGCUUGAGGAGGCUUCUCGCACAAUAGCUCCCCCGGUCGAAUGCUAGCUACCUUCAGCCACAUUAGGGUUGUGCAGAGCUAGGAUUUAUCUUGCAACAAUCUAUCCCAAAGUGCUGAUUCUUAUGCAAGCAACGAUACCUGGUUGUGUUGGGUGCAGCUUAGCAAAUCUUGCAGUGUGGUGGGGCUUUUGCUCCAAUGUAAGAUGCAACGCUUGAAGGAGUGGAGAACGAGGGAGUUAGGGUUUUCUUGAAUGACAAUAGGAAUUGGAUACACUGCUGAUAAACAAUAAAUGCAAUUUUGGAUAAACAGAAUUGCCUAAACAGGGAAAAUAUCAGACAACCAGAAAAGAGUGAAAUCUUGCAGUUGUUUGCUCGAAUUCCUUGGUAAUUGUUUCUUAUGAAAGAGACCACUCCAAAUGUUCUUGGCAAGAAUGUAACAGUGAAGCUAUGUAGAGAUUGGUAUACAUGUUUUAAUCUAUACAAAAAGAG